CAGGAAAAGGAACAGAACAGAGAUCAAACAGGCAUCGGCGGCUUCGGCGGCGGCGGCGACUUGGUUUAGGCUGAACCUUGUCGAUCUUCAUCUCUUCCUCUACUACCUCUCUUGCUACUAUCUCUACUGCAGCUACUAGGGCAAUCCAGUCUCUCUAUUAGCUUGUAUCCCUAUUCUUAUUCUACCUUGUUCUAGUCAAACACUUCCAAGUUGUAUUGAGAAGUACCGUUGUUUGAUUCUAGUGAAGAAGGUUGCUAACAAUCUGGUAUCAGAGCUACUCGGUUCGUGGGAUUUCUCAUCAUGGAGGUCUUAGGAAGGCAGCGGUGCAAGGUGGAGGAAGAAUUGGGCAAGGGGGGUGUUCAAGAAUCUAGCACACACAACCUGUUCGACAGAAUGCCAAGCCAACAUAAGGUGUUCAAGGAUGAUGAAAGGAUAGCAGAGCCCGUUCCCAUCAAGUCCACCAUGAACAAGGAGGGAAUAUCCAUGGACGAAGCUUUAGAUCGGAUUCUUGAGAGGUUUGAGUUGAUGGAGGCCAACCGUAGACAAGAGGAGAAGUUCAAUCAAAUACUAUAGAAGUUGGAGGAGGUAGAGGCUCGUAGGAGCAAGGCUGCCGAGGAGACAAUUGCAGCCAUCAGGGCAACCACCGCUGUCCUCAAGGCUAAAUCACCUACAGCACCCAUGGCACCACCUACUCCAGCGCCUACCAAGUGUUUGACUGAAUGCCCCAACAACAACCUCACUUGGGCGACGGCGAGUUCAAGUCACAUUACUGAGGAUACUGCUCCAACAGCUGCCUGGGAGCUAGGAAACAACAAGCACAAGGGCCACGCCUCAUGCGUCGUCACCAAGGACUCACCCGAGGUCACACCCACCAUGUGUUCAACGAAAUGCUCCGGUCCUACCGUCGAGCCUGAUCUCACUGUGGCUGCAGUGGUUACGUCCGCCACCACUGUCGUGGCCUCUAUGGAGUUGGUAGCUGCUGGGAACGCAAUCGGUGCCACUUACAUCAACAAUCUUGACCACCCCAAGGUGACGCAUGCUAAGUGUUCGAUGUCUGGCUCCGGCGUCAAACGGGGCACUGAACAAGUUGUGCUUGCAUUCCCACUCAUGGCUAGCCCUGUGGAGUUCACGACAUCAUUGGUGGAACCAUCUCCACCCACGGGGCUGAAGCUUGGUGCUGCCAUCUGCGUGGGAGAUCAGGUGCCUAUGAAGUGUUCGAUGAAAUGUACUGAGAGUGACAACAAGCCACUGAUGGAACACCCCAAGAGAAACCCAUGGCCACCUGCUUGGUUAGGAUGGAAGAAGUGGUAUGUGUCCUGGACUGUAGUCAAUUAUUCUGAUAUGAGAUUUUAUUUCAUUCCACCGUGGCCACCGCCACUUAAAGUAGGUUGGCUUGCAUUGGUAUUUUCUAAAUUUGGAGCAGCUCAUACUGACAUGAUGGAUAUAAUGUUGCAUUGGACUGAUAUGAAACCAUGGCCUCCACCAAAUCAAAAUUUGAGAAGUAUCAUGGUGCAUCUAUUUGCUUGGAAGCAUUGGAAAGUUAGUGUAGAAGUGAGUCUCUUUGCUUGGAACACUAAACAAUACAUGAAUAGUGUGCUACUUAUUACAGUUGGCACCAAAUGGUUGAUUCACUCUGCAGUCAAGGACUGUUUUCUCCAAGGCAAGCCAUUCAAACUUGUGGACCCAUUGGAACUCAUGCAAGUAAUUUUUGUGCUAUUAGUGCGGGAUCCAGAUGUUGAGAUGUUUCAGAUUGGCAGCUACUCUCUACAACCAGAAAAUUAUCAAUUAACUAACUACUUGGUGGCAAGACUAUUGAAGCAAGGUAAUCUGAAAAAGGUACUCGAUGGUGUGGAUCAUAGCAAAAACAUUAAGAAGAGUGAUGUUGAUGUUGGCGAGGACAAUCCUGGUAAUAUUAGUACUGCAGCAAAAAUGUUCAUUGAUGGUCUUGGUAUCAAGGAAGAUUCAGACAUGCUAUGUCCAUCAGCCCAGUACAUUGAUAAUUGGUCUACUAAGCUGCUGGAUGAGAUAAGAAACGGGUGCAAUAUAUAUCUGUUAGUAGCACUAAUAGAUGAUGAGCUUAAUCCAUGGUGUUUCCUCAUAGAUAAGAUAUGGUAUGAUAUUUUGGUGCUUCUAUUUUUUACUGGGGCUACAUGGAAGGUUGAAAGCUAUGCACUUCCAAUUAAAGAUGUUAUCCAUAUGGUUGUUUAUUUUGUGCAACCUUUGCAAGGUAUUCUGCUCCAAACAAGGCAAGGAAAAAUAGAGAAUCCUGUCAUUUUGGACAUAACUUCAGCAACUCAAACUGUCAAGUUUUUGCUCUGUUACAAGUCAACUAUUAAGAUCUACCCAAGUUGUUCUUCCAUGGUACAAAUUUCUGCCAGUAAAUUCAGAGCUUGUGGGAAGGAGAACAUAUGCUACAUGCUUCUAUUGCUUGUAUUGAAUAUUGGUGACUGCACUUUUCUGAGGUCCACUUCCUAUAUGCUACAUGCUUCUAUUGCUUGUGCUGAAUAUUGGUGCCUGCACUUCUCUGAGGUUGUCCAACAUGCAAUUUGUAUUGGAUGGAUUAUCAAUUGGGCUAUUCUUUUUUGGAUGGAGCAAGCUGUAUGUUCACCAAGGAUUAUUUUGCAAAUGCCAUGGGAUCCAGGUGGUGGUAAACUUUUCAUAGCUUCAGGCUGCCGGCUUGGGGACAAGCCGGAUUCAAAGGAAGGGGUAUUGUUAGGAAUUGGGCCGGCUGCACUACGACCCAACACAGUGAGUAGCCCAAUCCUUGGCCCAAGCAAGCCCAACAGAGAGCUAGAAAGGAAGGGAUGCUGCACUCUCAGGAAAAGGAAUAGAACAGAGAUCAAACAUGCAUCGGCGGCUUCGGCCACGACGGCGGCGGCGGCGACUUGGUUCAGGCUGAACCUUGUCGAUCUUCCUCUCUUCCUCUACUACCUCUCUUGCUACUAUCUCUACUGCAGCUACUAGGGCAAUCCAGUCUCUCUAUUAGCUUGUAUCCCUAUUAUUAUUCUACCUUGCUCUAGUCAAACACUUCCAAGUUGUAUUGAGAACUACCGUUGUUUGAUUCUAGUGAAGAAGGUUGCUAACAA